AUGACGGAUGUUCUUACGGAGUAUAAGAGAAGGCUCUCUGAACUAACAUUCAAUUCACAACCUAUCAUUACUGAGCUAACUCAAAAAGCGAAACUGCAUCUCGAACUUGCUGAUCAGAUUAUGGACUUGAUCACGGAACGUAUCCAUAAUACUAUACCGGAACAAAAACUAUUUGCAUUAUAUGUGCUCGAUGACAUAUGCAAAGUUGUUGGUAAUCCAUACAACAUAUUGAUUGGCGACGAAAUUUACGAUAUAUUCAUCCAUGUUUUCCAAAUGAAUAAUGAUGUAAUUAGAGAAAAAAUGGUUCGAUUGUUUAAUACUUGGAAAGUGAGCACAUUGCGAAAUACCAAGAUUUUGAUAUUUCCCAAAGAUCAGUUAAACAAGAUUGAUCAAUUUUUGAAAAAGGCAGGAUACCCAAAGAAGAGAGCGAUUGAUAACACAAAUCUGCAGUUGCAGCAGCAGCAACAACAACAACAACAACAACAAAAGCAGCAGCAGCAGCAACAACAAUUUACUGUUCCUGUAGUGGGUCUUCCGCCAAAACCUGGGGUUUCUAUCCAACAGUCUCUCAUCAAUGACAUUGACCAGUUAAUUCCAGUAUUUGAAAGACAAAUAUCGAACGGUGGCCAUAAUGACCCAAAGCUUCCUGAUAGAUUAAAGGCUUUGAAUAGAUUGAAAAUACUCUUGGGCUCAAAAGAAAUGAAACCAGCAGAGUUGGAAGCAAUAAAAUCUCAUAUCGUCAAUAUUCAAAUACAAACGAGUCAAGCGCAAGCGCAAGCACAAUUACAGGCACAAUCUCAAUCUCAAACACCAACGCCAGUACCAGUCACUCCUGCAACAACUCCACAACCCAAAAUAAAUCCUGCAAUAAGAUUAUUCCAAGAAUUGAUUUUUUCAGGAUUGGUAGCAAAAGAUCAGGAACCUAUACCUGGGUCUAAACCAGUAUACACAUUGAUGUUUCCCGAGGUCAAGUACUCAGCUAAACAGUCACCUUUAGGAGAAAAUGAUAACUUAGAAGAUAUAUUACUUCAAAGCAGCUCUAUACAACGUUCUGAGUAUGAAAAACUAAAAUUUGUAGAAUUAAUGAGUGUAAUGAAGAAAACGUCUACUUUUUCUACCACUACUAAUACUAAUAAUAUCAACAAUAUUAACAAUAAUAACAACAACAACAACAACAUCAGUGGUACAGGUGACUUGCAACAUUUCAUCAAUUCAAACAAACCUACAUCUAAUUUAACUAGUUUGCUUUACGGCGCCAAGCCUUCAAAGUGCUCCAUAUGUGGCAAAAGAUUCACUGUUGAUGUUGAUGGAACCACAAAGAAAAGAUUACACCUCGAUUGGCAUUUCAGAAUGAAUAAAAAGCAAAGUGUCAAAGGAGGCAACAUUCAAUCGAGAAAUUGGUUCCUAGACGAUUACGAUUGGGUACAGUUUGACGAAGAUAGCUUAUCUGAAUAUGCGUCAGUUAACAACAGCAACGGUAAUAACAAGAAUAACAAUAGCAAUAGCGACAUCGGUUUCAAUUCCAAUAAGAGCGGUAUAUCAGGGCCACAACUGGCGUCAAAUGGCGCCGCAGGUUCUUUUCAGAGUAGUACAUACGUUGUUGUUCCACCAAAUGAUACAAAUAUGAACAAUAGGUGUCUCAUUUGUAGAGAGCAAGUGAGGGCUAAGUACAAUGACGAGAUUGGUGAGUGGGUAUGGAAUGAAUGUAUUAGACAACCGGGAGAGAAGAAUGGUAGGAGGAUUGUUCAUGUGAGUUGCUAUAAUGAUCGCAAAAGGGCAGCCGAUGCUGAUUUGAAUGCCAAUGUGAAACGGGAGAAAUAUUGA